UAGCACUCAAGGCAUUAUUCGACUUGUCUAUUAACGUCACCGUUCUACGAUCAUCGAACGGCAAGGCAAUCCGCGAUCCAUAACACCAAGCAUCAUCAUUCCGAAGAACGCGCCACUUGCUGCUCAACCAUGUCCGCUUCCGGCGCGAAAGGCAUCGUAACUACGAAUGAGGUGAUUGAGAGCGCCGUCAUUCGAGCUCCGCUCUCUCACGUCUGGCACUUCAUCAAGCUGCCCGAGUUCGACAAGUUCUGGCCCGCCAUCUCAAAGGCCGAGCAUGUCAAGGGCACCAGCGGCGAGACAGAUGUAGUCAGGUGGACCUUCAAGGACGGUAGCGUCGUCGAGGUGAAGCAGGACGAGCACAGCAACCUGGAGCAUUUCAUCACGUACAGCGUCAUCAGUACCGAGCCCGAACUGCCGUACUCGAGCGUCGUGAGCACGAUCCGCUGCUGGGCCGUCACCUCGGGCGAGUUGGCGGACUCGACAUUUGUCCGCUGGACAUCCAAGUUCUCUAGCGAUGCUGACAUUAGCGUCAUCGAGGAUGCGAAGUACAAGCGCCGCGAUGCAUUGAAGGGUCUCGCAUCGGCAGCGGCUAAGAUGGCUAAGGAACAUACAAAGUAAAACCACGUUCAGGUUACCGGAUGCUCUGGUGGUUGAACUUGACCAGAACGCGGAGAACAAUAAUAGCCCCAGAGUCGUUUACCUUUGUCAGCAUGUGAAUUAACAGAUGUUAUUGCUAAUUAUUGAAUGAGCACGCGCCGCGGAACUGAUGUCGUGAUGUGAAACCGACAAAGUUUUCCUAGAGUCAAAACGAAGCGUGGAACAGUUUCAGGGCGCAGUCUCUAAGGGCUGAGCUGUUGGAACCUCAUCAAUAUGAA